UCAUCUCAAGUCAUUAAUUUUAAUUGUAAAUAAUUAACUCAGUGAUUUGAGAUACUUACAAACUCCUCUAGAAAGUUACAUGAAGGCAUGUGUCAGUGUGUUUUUUUCAGUUAGAAAUUGUAAGAAGUUAAUGAUAAGCAGCCUUCGCUAUUUAACGGGAUCCCUUGCAAUUGCUUGUACUUUGUCUGUGAAUGUGUAUGCAACUGAGGACCCCAUGGAAACCGUGCUACAGCAGCUGAUGCGUGGAAAUGCUCUUUUUCUCAUCUUUAUUUUGGGAAUCGGAGGAAGCUUUCAAUCAGGAUAUCACGUCACCAGCCUGAGUUCCCCCUCUCCGUUCAUCCGGCGCUUCAUCAAUAGCACCCUAUAUGAAAGAUAUGCAGCGCCACCACCAGGACACACUGUCACACUCAUCUGGUCACUCAUCGUGUCAAUGUAUGCUGUGGGAGGCCUAUUUGGUGCUGUCAGUGUCAAGUGCUUCUCAGGCCUGCUGGGAAGAAAAAAGGCAGUAGUUUGUAACAGCUUUAUCGCCAUAGCUGCAGCUGGGAUCAUGUUGACAAGUAAAUGGGCCAAGUCUUACGAAAUGAUCAUUGUGGCAAGAAUUUUAUCGGGCUACUCAUCAGCUCUGGGAGCAAACAUCCAUCUGAUGUACCUUGGUGAAAUUUCACCAAGAGAGAUACGAGGAGUUGUCACCAUGUCUUCAGCGACAUUUAUUGCCAUUGGUAAACUGUCAGCACAGUUUUUUGGCCUCAGUGAGAUCCUUGGCCGUGACGAGCUGUGGAACGUGGUCCUUUGUGUGCCUGCGUGUCUGUCAGUGGUCCAGGUGAUAGUAAUGCCUUAUCUUCCCGAAGCACCCAGGUAUCUCUUUAUCGAAAAACGAGAUGAUGAAGCAUGCAAACAGGCUUUGCAGAGUCUGUGGGGCCAAGGUGAUUACAAGCAGGAGAUGGCCGAAAUGUUGACUGAGCAGGCAACUAUGGAAGCGGCACCUGCAAAAAGUCCUUUGGUUGUCCUUCGGGACCGAACAGUGCGUUGGCAGCUCAUCACAAUGUCUACCAUGUACUGCUGCAACCAGUUAUCAGGCAUGGCCAUGAUCAGCACAUUUACUUUUGACAUCUUUCAGAAAGCAGGGAUCCCGACAGAUCAAAUCCGCUACAUAACUAUCGGUCUUGGAGUAACAGGAAUUAUCACUUCUAUAGCUUGUGGAUUUUUGAUUGAGCAUGUAGGAAGAAGGCCACUGUUCUGGAUGGGUUAUGGCAUCAUGUCAGCUUGUUGGCUGUUAGUGACAGUAGUGCUCAAUUUGAAGGCUUUUAGUUCUUGGGCUCCGUACGCUACCGCUGUAUUGAUCAUACUCUUCAUCAUCUUCUUCAGCGGAGGGCCUGGGGGAGCAUCAGGUACUCUCCACAGUGAGAUCUUCAUUCAGUCCAAUCGAGUGUCUGCCUUUGUCAUCUUCGGGGUUCAGCGCUGGUUCGUAUUCGCUGUGAUGGGCCUAGUCUUUCCCAUACUUAUUGAUACACUUGACACCUACUGCUUUGUGUUUUUCGCCUGCUCGUGCCUGCUGGGUUGUGUUUACGCCUUCUUCUUCCUGCCUGAAACUAAAGGCAAGACGCUGCUGGAGAUCUCAAAUGAAUUCAAAUCCAUCACUGUCUGUGGAAACUCUUUUCAGGAGGAAAGACGACUGGAGACUAAGUUAUAGGAUGUACUGCUCCCGUGCUGGCAGUGUUCAAGUACUGUAGAGUAAAUGAACAGAUAAACAAUGGCUCACACUGUUUGACUCUGUGAUGGAAUAUACUGCCCGUAAGUGAAAAUAUAUAAAAUAUGGAGCAUAAUGACAAAAUACCAGAGAAGUGUUUUGUCUUAUAUUUAUUUAUUUUGAAGCUAUUAUCUCAACUAUUGUUUUCCACCUGGAGGUAAUUCUUAAAGUAAAAGUAUAUGAACAGGAAGGAAAAAUGGUAGAAGUUUGCUACUUUAUAAAAUAUUACUCAUUCAAAUAAUAUUAAUCAAAAUAACAUGGCUCUGUGAUGAUAAUAAUAAUAAUCAACUACAGUAAAUCUGCUGUGGUGCCUUUCUAAAUAGCAGCAGUCCAUGUCAUACUAUUUACAAAGUACUGUAAACACCACAAGAGGGUGCUGUUUACCCUUUUUUCCAAACGUGCUAUGGGAUACGGUAGUUUAUCCACUAUUUUUAUUACACUAAAUGACGUGUAUCACAAUUCUUUACGUGUGACUUGAUAGUUUAGUGGUUUAAAAUAUUAAAUAUUCGAGGCUUUCUGGGAGUCCUCUAUGUGAGAAAUAUUAUCCACCAAGUAAAUGGUACAUUCUUAUAUUGGAAUGAUUUGGAAACAAAACCUGAUAGUUCUGAAUGUUUUGGAGUUCUGAGGUUCCAGCACUGUCAUUUUUGCCAAGGAACAAAUUCUGAGGAUCUGGGACUAAAUAAAUCUAAGUGUGACUCAAAAGUCUCACAAGUUUUCAGAGUGAUUUACUAUAUAACAUUGCUAUCAAUCAAACAAAAUAGAAACUCAAGUGGACAGACUGACAUAUCAAUAUACAUAACAAAACAUUAUUUUUUGCUGUUUCAAAUGGAAAUGUGAGAAAAUAAUAUUCAUAGUCAUAGUUCGCAUUGUGUCUCGUAUAAACCAUUCAAUCACACCAGUAUAUAGCAUGUAUAGAUGGCUGCAAUUUAAAGUGAGACUACAUUUUCAGCACUGGACAUAUUUUGUCAGAAUCUCUAACAUGCAGACGUUGGUGUUGAAUAUAUACAUCUCUUUGCAUCAUCAGCAAAAGACCCUUUAUGCAGCACUUUUAGUGAAUGCCCAUUGAGACUAACAGCAGCAUGGCCGGAUCAUCCCAUUUCAAUGUCCUGCUAAAGGAGGAUUAACUUGGGGGGUUAAGUGAAAAUUGUUACAGUUGCACUCUGCCCUUCCUCUCUGUCCAGUCUGUUUUGUUUCAUUCUUGCCAGCUUUACACACACCGAGACGUACUUGUAUAAACGAUGGGCAAGAGUGAGCAUGCAUGUUGUAGUAACAUAGAGUAUAUCCAACUUUGCUCACAGCUGUAAAGCCAUGCUGAUU